AUGGUUACUAAUGCAACUUUCAUUAGCAAACAUUCUUUAUUUACAUCAGCAUUAUAUUCGGAGUCAUCCGCUUUAGAUGAUAAUACCAUGAUUAUCCCAUCAGAUUCAUUGGUUAUAGAUGUAAGCAUUGACACACAUACGUCCACAGGUAUAUCCUUAACAACAGGAACAAAAAAUGCAUAUAAUACCACUGCUAGUACUGAGUUUUCUGUUAAGAGCGUUAUUCAGAAUACCAUUCUUCCAAGUGAUUCACUUUUGGGUACUUUGUUAAUAAGUAACAACCCAACAAAUACGACAUCAUCUUCUUUUUCUAGUAGAGUAGAAACUAACAAUGUUUAUUAUGUGACACAAACCACCACCACCAUUAAAAAUUCAACUUCAACAUCCACUAUAUCUUCGUUACCAUCAAUAAACAAAAGUUCUACUGUAAGUACUAGUACCAGUAGUGUUGUUACGGGAAACGUAGACGGUGGGUUUAAUGAUGAGCAAGAUUCUACUAGCAGUAAUAGUGGUAGUUCUAGUACUAUUAAAGCCAGCUCGAAAAAUAAUGCAUUUAAUUAUAUGUAUGGCAAUGGUAAUAUUGGUUUUAUAUUUAUGACUUUUUCUUCAUUAAUGGUUUUUUUAUAG